UAAGAAUAACAUGUCUUGUGAAGAACAGACUCCUCCAGGGCACGAAAGAUAGCUCUGAUGCUCUUUUCAUUUAUUUUUUCUGUUCCUCCGCCGAAAACAACCACCAACCACCGUAAAAUAAACGCCGGCGACAAAUAGGAGAAAGAUCGUAAUCAUGGUGCAGUGGCAGAGACACAUUUUCCCAAUUCUUCGUCGCAUUCAUAAGGGAGUGGACCACACCAAUCAUUCAGCUUCAAACCUUGUAAUUUCUCGCUUAGGCUCCUCCUUUUCACAAGGUCAAUUGCAGAGGGCUUACACAACAACUUUGCCCAGUAUCUCAAGGCCUAUUUAUCACUAUUUACGACAUCAGGGAAUUUCAAGUUCUACCCAGUUGCUCGUAGAUUUAUCCGAGAAAACAGCUGUUUCAUCACCGUUAGUCCCAGUUUCAUUUUUGGGUAGUACAAAAGGUGAAGACCAGAAGCAGAAAGCUGUUACUAAGCCAGAAAAAGUUCAAGCAAUAUUAAAGGGAAUAAAGCAGAGUCCAAAGAAGGUCAACUUGGUUGCUGCUUUGGUGCGUGGUAUGCUUGUUAAAGAUGCAUUGAUGCAGUUGCAAGUAACAAUUAAGCGAGCUGCAAAAACUGCAUAUCAGGUUAUUCAUUCAGCCCGAGCAAAUGCCUCUCAUAAUCAUGGGUUGGAUCCGGAUCGUCUCAUUGUUGCCGAAGCAUUUGUUGGAAAGGGAUAUUUUAAAAAGAGAAUUUCCUACCAUGGCAAAGGAAAAGCUGGGCUCAAAAUCAGACCAGAAUGCAGGCUAACAGUUGUCGUAAGAGAGAUAACCCCUGAAGAAGAGGCAGAGAUUGCUAGGCUUAGGGUCCACAACUUCAAGAAGCUUACUAAGAGGGAGAAACAACUUGUGCCUCAUCAGCUUAUUGAGACCACUCCUUUUUGGGGUCGCAAAAGCAAAUCUAGUGGUCAAAACUAGAGUGCUGCAGGUGCCUGAGCCUUGCUUAAUUGCAAGUUUCCAUGGUUCAGUUAAUGGUUAUGGAAUUUAUUAUGUUACAGAUAUUUUUUGUGCAUCACUUCCUAUGAUAUAAACAGUUGAGUCGCCCCGAGAGUAAUUCUAAUUACCUAGCUUAUGUAUCGAGAAAUUUUUCUGCCCCAUGUUGCAAAUAAUAAAAUUUUGUACUGAACCAUUU